AAAGAAAAGAAAAGAAAAACCUAAAAAACAAGCAACCAAAAAGAAAAACAAAAAACAAAAAAAAGAAAACUUCAAUUUUUAAUGCAAAACUACGAAAAGGCACGACAGCCAUUUUAAAUAAGCAACUUUCGCACCCUCCCGAAAAAUUUCAACUUCCAACACCCGAAAAAAGCAAACAAACAAACAAACACACAAACACAGCACCACCAUGAGUGAUUCAAGAAUGGACAAGUUGGCCCGGAUGGCGCCCCUGCCCCGCACACCGCUGCUGACCAUCUGGCUGGCCAUCAACAUGGCCCUGAUCGCCCAGGAAACGGGCCACAAACGGAUCCACACAGUACAAGCGGCAACUGGCGGUGGCAGCAUGCUGGGUGACGUAAACAUAUCCGCUAUACUCGACUCCUUUAGUGUUAGUUACGACAAAAGAGUAAGACCCAAUUAUGGUGGUCCCCCUGUGGAGGUUGGCGUCACAAUGUAUGUCCUCAGUAUCAGUUCGGUUUCGGAAGUUCUCAUGGACUUCACAUUGGAUUUUUACUUUCGUCAAUUUUGGACCGAUCCUCGUUUAGCGUAUAGAAAACGACCUGGUGUAGAAACACUAUCGGUUGGAUCAGAGUUCAUAAAGAAUAUUUGGGUACCUGACACCUUUUUUGUAAAUGAAAAACAAUCAUAUUUUCACAUUGCAACAACCAGUAAUGAAUUCAUACGUGUGCAUCAUUCUGGAUCGAUAACAAGAAGUAUUAGAUUGACUAUUACCGCAUCGUGUCCGAUGAAUCUUCAAUAUUUCCCUAUGGAUCGCCAGCUGUGCCAUAUCGAAAUCGAAAGCUUCGGCUACACGAUGCGUGACAUCCGAUAUAAAUGGAACGAAGGCCCCAACUCGGUCGGUGUCUCGAGUGAGGUUUCGCUGCCCCAAUUUAAGGUCUUGGGUCAUCGCCAAAGAGCUAUGGAAAUCAGUCUUACCACAGGCAACUAUUCGCGUUUAGCCUGCGAAAUACAGUUCGUGCGUUCGAUGGGCUACUACCUUAUACAAAUCUACAUACCCUCUGGACUGAUCGUUAUUAUAUCAUGGGUAUCGUUUUGGCUCAAUCGCAAUGCAACGCCGGCGCGUGUGGCGCUCGGUGUGACAACCGUGUUGACAAUGACCACUUUGAUGUCGUCAACAAAUGCAGCGCUGCCAAAGAUUUCGUACGUCAAGUCGAUUGACGUCUAUCUGGGAACAUGCUUCGUUAUGGUCUUUGCCAGUCUACUGGAAUACGCCACGGUCGGCUACAUGGCAAAACGAAUUCAAAUGCGAAAACAAAGAUUUAUGGCGAUCCAAAAGAUAGCCGAGCAGAAAAAGCAACAGCUCGACGGAGCUAACCAGCAGCAGGCGAAUCCCAAUCCCAAUGCGAAUGUGGGUGGACCUGGCGGUGUGGGCGUUGGACCUGGCGGACCCGUUGGACCCGGCGGUGGCGGGGUGAAUGUGGGCGUGGGCAUGGGCAUGGGACCGGAACAUGGCCACGGGCAUGGCCACCACGCCCACAGCCAUGGGCAUCCGCAUGCGCCCAAGCAAACAGUGAGUAACCGCCCAAUCGGCUUUUCCAAUAUCCAACAAAACGUUGGUACGCGCGGUUGCUCGAUAGUGGGACCCUUGUUCCAGGAGGUGAGAUUCAAGGUCCACGACCCCAAGGCCCAUUCCAAGGGUGGAACGCUGGAGAAUACGGUGAAUGGCGGACGCGGUGGUCCGCAAUCGCAUGGACCGGGUCCUGGUCAGGGCGGCGGACCGCCAGGCGGUGGAGGUGGCGGUGGCGGCGGGGGCGGACCGCCCGAGGGCGGAGGCGAUCCAGAAGCAGCGGUCCCAGCCCAUCUCCUGCAUCCGGGGAAAGUAAAAAAGGUAAAGGACAUCAACAAGCUGCUGGGCAUCACGCCCUCCGACAUCGACAAGUACUCGCGCAUCGUUUUCCCCGUGUGCUUCGUCUGCUUCAACCUCAUGUACUGGAUCAUCUACCUGCAUGUCAGCGACGUGGUCGCCGAUGAUCUGGUGCUCCUCGGCGAGGAGUAGGUCGUCGUCCUACGGCGGCGUAUACGACGAGGCAAGGAUUCGAGGGCGUGGCCCAAGGACACAGGAGUGAACAGCGCACGAGAGAGUCAAACUGUGCAGGGCGCUGAAAAACCACACAAAAAAAAAAAAACAAAACCAAAAAUACAGAAACCAAAAACCUAAAAAUACCAAAAAAAAAAAAAAAUACAAAAAAAUAAGCGGAAACAAAACUAAUUUUAACUAGCGAUAUGAGAAUGCAGAGGCAACAGUUUAUUGUUUAAUACCAAAGCAGCUGGAAGGACACACACACACAUAUUACAAGGUCGAGAGCAAAGAAUAUUGUUAAAUAGAUUUACACAGAAUAAAUGAAAAUGGAAAGCAAAUUAAGGAAAACCAACAUUAGAAUUAAAAACCAAACGAGUAUAAAUGAAUGAAGAAUAAUCAAAAGCAACAGAUUAGCAAAUUGUAGUGAAAAUUAUAUAACGAAAGGCAUAAAUGAACAUAUUGAGAAGAAUUAUGAACCGAUAAACUAAAAACCAUUUAAAAACACCACAAAUAUAACGAUCAAAAAUCAUACGCAACAUAGGCAUUAAACGAAGGAUGACUAUACAUAUAUGGCAAAACCCUCGAAAAUAGCGCAGUCGAAAGAACAAAGUUGAUUUCAAAAGUAAAAAUUCUAAAUGGUUAAAUAAUUUCCAUUAUCUUUGCGGCGUUUUCAGUUUAAGUUUAAGUAACGAAAGACCUUUGCUUCCCACUUCAAAAAAAAAGAAAAGCAAAACACCCGGAGAGUCUUCCUUUAACUUAAGUGCGAAUACCCCUCUUCAAAAGCACGCUCCCAGAAAUCGAUAAGAACAAAAGAAGAAAAAGAAAACCGAUAACCGAUUAAUUCACUAUGUUGAUCCAUUGAUUGCCCAUUCAGUUGGUUGAUUUGUUUAUUCAGAACUGACUUAGCGCUUCCAAGUGAAAUGGCCAAAUUUAUUAGGAAAUCAAAAUGUAGUGCAAUUAACAAUUUCGACAAUUGCAAAUCAGUUUUGGCGAAUGAUUCUGUUAAGUUUAACUUUAAAUGUAAAUCGAACACGUAAAUAUCGCGAGGUUUUUUAAUCAUUUGCACACUCACACACACCCCAAACAGACACAAACACACACACACAAACUAAAACACCGAAUAUUAUGAAUUACUUUGGAGCGCACCUUUUGAUAUGCAAACAUCGGAGAUAUACAUAAGUCAUAAAAAAUAGUUAGUGCAAUUGACAUAGCAAAAUAAUAAUAUGAACGAUAACGAUUCAUUUUAGUUACACCAAUUUUUAUAUCAACUUUAAACUAACAACAAAUUAUUCAAAAUGCACUCUCACUCACUCUCACGAACACCAGGAAACCAAAACUUAAAAAAAAAACCUAAUAAUAAAAAACAAAAACUUUUCGAUGACAACUUUGCGGCACCGUAAGAAAUCAAUCUAAAGUCUAAGUGAGAAAAAUUUUCAAAACGCAAGUAAGCCCAAUAAAUACCAGUAAAUUAAAUAAAUAAAUAAAAACAAAAACGAAUACAAAUAGAACAUAGAAAAUAAAGUACACAAGUAUGAAUGAAACUGCCUAAGAAAAAUAGCUAAUAAGUCUAACAAAUAGUUGCUAAAAAAGAAAAACAAAUAAUAUUUAAACGAAGACAAUUGAUUUUCAAUUUGUAAAUACAAAACAGAAGACGACACUCGGAACAUUCUCAAAGCAAAGUAGGAGCAAAACUUCGCAAUUAAACUUAGUUAAUGUAAUCGAAUCCGGUUAAGCGAUUAUCUCGGAUGCGUUCAAGCAGUCAAUAAAGCGAUAAAAACAAACAAAA